UCUCAGGACAUCAACAACCAAGCAAUCCACAGAUCUUCUGAAGUAAUCGCAUCCUUGCCACAGCCAAAGAUCGUUCUUACCUAUCCCCUACUGGCUUAGCAACUGCAUCUUUUGGCUACCAUAAGCUGGCAAUUGACACUGGCGGAACAAAUUGUCUGUCGUUUUCUUUCCCUUCCAAAGUUUUGUCCUUUCAGCAGAGACCAACCUUCCAUACCUUUCAUCACUUUCAUUCUGUUCAGCACAACCAACACCGAUCAUGGCUAUCCAAACACUUUCGUUGGGAGUUCUGCUGUUAUUAUGCCUCCAAUACCAUGCCAAUGCGUGGGUUCUUAACAAGGAAGCCCUUCAAAGGGCCGCCUCGGUGGCUUCCAUUUCAGCUGUCAUUGUUGCCGCCCCCAUGGGGGCGGACGCCGUUGUCGACUUGGCCGGUUCUUACAGCGAUCCCAAACACCCCAACUGCCUACGUGUGAUUGAAAUCAAAGACAAAGGUCGGGCAGCCGUGUCUGGCACCGAUGGGACCCCAGGAUGCCCCCCCGAUGGGAGUGGCCGUGUAUGGAAUCUAGAAGGAAAAGUGAAUGGCAAUGACAUUUUGGUGGAUUUUACACCCAAGGGAGGGCCUAAGGAUCUGCUUGGCAAGUGGGAAGAGGAAGCUCCAGCAGGGAUCCGGUGGCCCGAUGGCAACAAAUGGACUGUAAACAAAUAGGGUGCAAAUACGAGCAUGUAUUUUUUGUUUUAUUCUUUAAAAAAAACUGCCAUGAUGAUGCAAGUACCGUUUCGUUUCCACCUAGCUAGCUGGUACUUCUAAAGAAGUUUCCCUUUACAACCAAUAGAGAAAAUGUUGUCCAAGCAUAGAGGCAAUAUCAGUUAGCCUGCUCCUGCUGUGGCCACUUCUCCUGCUCUGGCUUGCUUGUACAGUGUAGAUGCCAGGGCUUCCAAACU